GUGAGUUGCCGAAGAGCUGCAGUGUUUCGCGACGGAGGCGGCAUUUGAAAAGGAAACCAAAAGUAUCAUUUACUCUCCGACUUUUCUCUCAGUGUCCAGUGACCGAAGUAAUCCUUAGAGGAUUGCGUGAUCGUCUUCCGCCAGCCUGAAACCAGAGGAGACAAAGAUGAUCGGAGCAACGUCUCUCGUAAUUUUAUUGACUACAGUCGCAGCAACGCAUGGUGCGUUCAAUUGUCCUGUCAAAGACGGUCAGUACGAGCAUCCGAAACAAUGCGACAAGUAUUACGACUGUAAUGAUGGUGUUGCCGCAGAAAAACUGUGUCCAGAUGGUCUCGUUUUUGAUCCAUUAAAUCGUAAGGUCAACAAAUGCGAUCACGUGUUCAACGUUGAUUGUGGGGAUCGUCUCGAAUUACAGCCACCGCAACCGACGAAGAAGUGUCCGCGAAGGAACGGUUUCUUUGCUCAUCCGGACCCAUCUGUUUGCAACAUCUUUUACAAUUGUAUCGACGGCGAAGCUAUCGAAAUCACGUGUACCACUGGUCUGCAUUUUGACGAGUACAGCGGAACAUGCGUGUGGCCUGACAGCGCUGGUCGUGAGGGCUGCGGAGUAGUAGACAAGAAGUUGAAAGACGGCUUCGAGUGCCCGAAGGAAACUCAGGUCGACACCAGGGGAAUGGUCGUUGAUCACCCUAAAUUCGCUCAUCCGGACGACUGCCAGAAAUUUUAUGUUUGCUUGAAUGGUGUAACUCCGCGCGAACAAGGUUGCAGCGAUGGUACCGUUUACAACGAGGAACAGCAAAGAUGCGACGCGCCUGAAAAUGUUGCUGGAUGCGAGGACUGGUAUAAGGAUGACGACAAAAAGCCGUGAAAUGUCUUCGCAAUUCGUAUGUCCCGCAUCGGGAUCUCGAUAUCAUCGUAAAAUCACAUCAUCUUCGUUUAGCGCGUAAUCCAUGUGUGUGUUUAGAUAUUUGAGUGUUCGUAAAUAAUAAAUAUUCUAUUUUACCUUA